AUGCCUGUGUGUUCCAUUACAAAAUGCCACUCAUCUUAUUUAAAUGAAAAUGUUACUUUACACAGGAUCAUCUGGAGUUGUUCUUCAGCUUUAUCAGAAGUGCAGGAAAAUGCAAUGACAAUCCCAAUGUACAACAGUUGGAAACCAUCUUUAAACGAGUUUAUUUUAGAUGUGAGAUUGUCCCUGGGAAAACAGAAUGGACCCUCUAUGGUACUUAGACUUGGAACGCUCAAUGUUGGAUCACUGACUGGCCGCAGCAUGGAAAUCGCAGAAAUGCUCGAGCAUAGAAGGAUUGACAUCUGCUGCCUUCAGGAGACCCGAUGGCAAUCGAAUGGUGUCUGUCAUGUCAACUCAGACAAAGAAAAAUAUAAACUAUUCUGGAAUGGUCAAAAAACGACCAAAAUGGUGUUGGAAUUUUUGUCAGAGAACCGCUAG